UGCGGAAGCGUUGCUUUACGACAAAUUGGUCGGAACGCUUUGGCCCGGCGUGUGCAGAUUGUGACUUCCCAGCUCACACGUGGGUCGCUGUUGGUGUUCUGGUGUGUAAUUUGUUCCUGUUGGCGUGGACCAGCUACAUUGAAGGACAGAGUGGUCCCGGGGACCAAGGGUCGUGAGCUGAUGGAUUUUGCUGAAAAUGCACAGACAUUGGGAGUAGGUCUCCAGAGUGGAGCUGAGGGGGCGCGGCUGAGUGUUAAGCCCGGUAGGGAAGGAGUCAGGGGCAAAGCAGGGACUAGGGAGGCCGGCGGUGGGGAAGCGGGGAAUGGAUUGACAGGGAUGGAGAAUACAGGGGUUAGAAGAGAAGGAAGCGGACAAAGGGCAGAGGGAAUGCGAGUGGACCCCACGGUUGUGAAGCAAGAAGUUAUGGAUUGGUCGGAAAUGGAAGAAGGUAUGCUGGGCGGCCAGAGGGUAAAGCAGGAGGUGGAAGAUGAGCCUGAGGUGAAGGAGGAGAAACCGGGAACGUUGGAGGUGAAGGAGGAAAUGAAUAGUAGUUUGGUUGUAAAAGAAGAGAAGGUGAAUGAACUAGAGGUAAAAGAAAAAGUGAAGGUGAAGGAAGAGGUAAUGGACUGGCUAGAAGUGAACGAAGAGAAAAAAGAUAACUUGGAAAUAAAACAGGAGGAGACGUUUGGUGGUCAAAACAUAAAAGAGGAGGAAAUGAUGGAUGAAGUGUGUAUAAAAGAAGAGAAGUAUUUCCCGAAGAAAGAAGUGAUGAAUGAUACAAAAGUGAAAGAAGAACCUCAGAUAAAUCCUCCUGUGUUCUUGAAGCGGAAACUGGCCAUGUCAAGGUGUGGGACUUGUGGUACAAAAGAAGCAAAGUACAGAUGUCCACGUUGUAUGCGAUAUUCAUGCAGUUUGCCCUGUGUAAAGAAACACAAAGCAGAGCUGACAUGUAAUGGAGUUCGAGAUAAAACUGCAUAUAUUUCAAUACCACAGUUUACUGAAAUGAAUCUCCUGAGUGAUUAUCGAUUUUUGGAAGAUGUGGCAAGAAAAGCAGACCAUAUUUCUAGAGAUGUUUUCUUGAAAAGACCAAUAAGCAAUAAACAUAUGUACUUUAUGAAAAAUCGUGCCCGAAAGCAAGGUAUUAGCUUAAAACUUCUACCCAACGGAUUCACUAAGAGAAAAGAAAAUUCAACAUUUUUCGAUAAGAGAAAACAACAGUUUUGUUGGCAUGUGAAGUUACAAUUCCCUCAGAGUCAAGCUGUGUACAUAGAAAAAAGAGUACCAGAAGAUAAAACUAUUAGUGAAAUCCUAAGACCUUACAUUGAUCCUGAAAAGUCUGAUCCUGUAAUUCGUCAAAGGUUGAAAGCCUACAUUCACUGUCAGACUGGGGUCCAAAUUUUAAUGAAGGUUGAACAUAUGCAGCAAAAUGUAGUAAGAUAUUAUGAACUAGAUCCUUACAAAAGUCUUCUUGACAAUUUGAGGGACAAAGUGAUCAUUGAGUACCCAACAUUACAUGUGGUUUUAAAAGAAUCCAGUAAUGACAUGAAAGUCCUUCACCAAGUGAAAAGUGAAUCUAACAACACUGGCAAUGAAAAUUGACUACUUCUUCUGGAGGAAGAAGAUGAAAACUCAGACAAUUGCAGAGGACAGUGCAUUGACUAGUUUGAUAUUUUGGUGUAUUUUCAAUGGGUGGUUAGUAUUCUUUGUUUCUCUAGAAAAUAAUUCAUUAAAAAAAAUUUUUUUUUAAUGUGUUUUCUGGGGUCUUGAAUAGCCUUCUAAGGCUCUCCUUCCUAUUAACAAUGCUUUUUUUUGCAUCUGAUAGGCAUAGUGCUUAUUUUAAUUAGGUCCUGGCUUUUAAUAUGCUUAAUAGGCUGAAAACUUCUCAUUUAUUAUUUUAAUACAAGACCAAACCCAAGGAUCAACGGUGUUAGCCACAAAGUUGGCAUUCUCUUUGGUGGAACCUCACUCAGCAAAGACCAUGGAGAGCGCCAUGUAGCCACAGGACUAAUCCAUCAAUUGUCUGUUCUUGUCUUUGGGAUUUAUAUGUAACUUAUCCUCGAAACUACUGAAUGCAUGCUUUAUACUUGGUUAGCACCCAGUAUGAUGUCAUGUAUAAAGGCUGAGUAAAUACUAUUCACUACAAUUUCUAAUAUUCAGUUCAGAAAAUGACCAGCUCUGCAUUGUUGUUCAUUCCAUCAGUGCUCACAAAUUUGGCCCUACUCACUCACACCAUGAGGUGUGGCCUUACUAUGAAUUCUGUGCCUUUCAUUCCAGUCUUACUCCACUCUUGUCAUUAUCACACAGGAGUGUUGUGAUGAGCAGUUUUAUGCUGGGUUUGAAACAUUAGCAAUAACUAAAGAAAAAACACUAGGAUCUCUUCAAAAGUGUUAUUGGAAUGUAUAUGUGUAUUUAUGUAUAUACAUGGCUUAAUUUAUACCUUAUGGCAGCUCUGUAUACAUUAUGAUCUAACAUACUAAUAUUAAGGUGUGCUAGUUUUAUUGGAACUUAUAGUUAUGAAAUUGCAGUAUAGCUAUAAAAGAGUAAAGAUUAUUACAUCUGUGUUGCAUCUGUGUACUUACAUAGUUAAGAAAACAGUGAUAAAAUUGGACAUUAGUGAAAUCCAUUUUUCAUUUACAACUGGCAAAAUUUGAGACCAAAAGAAAACCAGAAGCAUUGAAUCAAGAGACUUGGAAAGAUUAGAUAUGAAAAAAUAGUGAAAAGAGGAGCAUAGGAGAAACUUGUACAACACAGAUACAACUUGGGUCAAAAUAGAAGAAGAGAAUCCAAAGAUAGUAAUGCCACAAAGACCCGGUAUAAAACUACUAAUGAAAAUGUGAUUCAUAGACAAUAAUGCCUUGUACUUUGAGAAAUAUAUGUACUUCCUAAAGCAACUUCAGAAAUCUUCUCCCUCAUACAGGAAAAAAGGAAUUUGUAGAAUUAUAUUCACAGUAUUACAGGAGAAGACAAUUAAGUGGAAUUUCAAAGGAUUUGUACUCUAAAAGUGAAAUUUGUCUUUUUGAAACAGGUAACAAAUAGGAUGAAUUGAAUCAGAUGUGUCACAGAAUUGUUAUUGGGAAAAGUGGGAUAAAGUACACAAAAAGAACAUGUGACCUGAAUAUCAGGGUGGAGAGGAAUUUCCUGACAGUGAAAUCUGCUGUGAUGUAGUUUCAUUUCCAAGAAAAGUGUUGAGUUCCAUCCCUCUUAGAAUUUAAAUUGAAAACUGGACAAAAACCAAAGGGUUUAUUUUAUCCUGUACUUUCCUCCUGAGCAGAAGGAAAAAGAAGAAAAAAUACCCACAUGAUCAAAUGCAUCUUUGCCAUCUCUGUGCCCUAGAGUUCUGUUAGGCUUUUCACUUUUAGACUGUUCCUUAGUAAGAAUUCAACUAUCAGAGUUCCCUUAAACAUAACUAUCAGCUAAUUUGGUUAAUAUGUACAUUUAUUCCCACAGGGUUUAUAAUAAGCAUGUGUUUCAGUGAAUAGACAUGUAAAUUGCUUGGAGGGUGUGAAAUUGGAAUAACUCACUGAGAGCCCCAGAAGUUUGUAGUAUUGAGACCAUUGUUUUUCAUAGGCCCUUCCAUUUGGAGUCUGGACAAAUUCUGAUGAAUAAACAAACUCCCUGACUCAUGUUCAGUUCAACAUCCUGCAUUUUGUUUAUGAAUAACAUUUUAAAAAGAGAAAAGCUCCACCUGUCGUUUAUUUUUUAAACAAUGAUAUCAAAGGAAAAAUAGGCCUUUCAUAAUUGCUAAUUAUUACAUAUGGGAUUAAUAGCCAUAUUAUGGUAAACAAAGUUUGCACCUGUUCAUAUUACAAAUAUGAAUUAAAGAAAGUUACUAUAAUAGAUAUUUAAGGUUCCAAAGUGUAGCUGAGCCAGUUUGUUUCUCUGUAUAAAGUAGUGAGAUUCAGGUUUCACAAUGUAUAUAGUAAUAUGUUAAACACAGUACUAUAAUGCCAGUAAUUUCCUCUAUAAACUUGGUUUAAUUUGGUUGACGUAUACAGUGUGUUGUGUCUGAUUUCCUGUUAGUUAUUAAAUUGUAAGUAAAGAUACCUAGUCUGCUUUUAUGUAGACAUAUGCUCUUGCAUUAAAGUAUGUUAAGUUAAUUUUCAAA